UCGGCCGCCUCCUCCAUGCCGCCCUCGGGGCGGCGUGGCGGGGCCUCCGGCGGGCGUCUGGGGCUCCUGCUGCUGGCGCUGGCGCUGGCCCUGGGCCCGCUGGGCCCCGCCGCCGGCCUGUCCACCUGCAAGACCAUCGACCUGGAGCUGGUGAAGAGGAAGCGCAUCGAGGCCAUCCGGGGCCAGAUCCUGUCGAAGCUGCGCCUGGCCAGUCCCCCGCAGGGGGAGGCCGGGCCCGGCGGCCCGGCCGAGGGCGAGGGCCCCGGCGGCGAGGGGGGCGACGGGGUCCCCGGCCCGCUGCCCGAGGCCGUGCUGGCCCUCUACAACAGCACCCGGGACCUGCUGGGCGAGCUCAGCCGCAGCCGCGACCGGGACCGGGACCGGGCCGACACCGAGUACUACGCCAAGGAGGUCACCCGCAUCGUCAUGCUCAACGCCAACGACGACUCCUACUCGCGCUACCCCAAGGUCCCCCACAGCCUCUACUUCAUCUUCAACGGGUCGGCGGUGCGGGAGUCGGUGCCCGACGCGGCGCUGCUGUCCCGGGCCGAGCUGCGCCUCCUGCGCCUCAAGUCCCAGGCCGGGGGCGGCGAGCAGCACGUCGAGCUCUACCAGAAAUACGGCAACGGCUCGUGGCGCUACCUGAGCAGCCGGUUCGUGCAGCCCAGCGCCGACGAGGACUGGCUCUCCUUCGACGUCACGGAGGUCGUGCAGCGCUGGAUCAAGAACCCCGAGGAGGAAGAAGUUUUCCGGCUCAGCGCCCACUGCUCUUGCGAGGGGCCGCCGCCCACCCUGGAAGUGGAGAUCGACGGCUUCACUAAGCUGCGAGGGGAUCUGGCCUCGGUGCAGAGCAAGAACCAGCGGUCGCCUUUCCUUCUGCUCAUGGCCACCCCGGCCGAGCGUGCCCAGCACCUGCAGAGCUCCCGCCGGCGCCGGGACCUGGGCAAGGAUUACUGCUUCAGCACGCCGGAGGAGAAGAACUGCUGCGUGCGCCCGCUCUACAUCGACUUCCGCAAGGACCUGGGCUGGAAGUGGAUCCACGAGCCCAAGGGCUACCACGCCAACUUCUGCCUGGGCCCGUGCCCCUACAUCUGGAGCCUGGACACGCAGUACAGCAGGGUCCUGGCUCUGUACAACCAGCACAACCCCGGCGCGUCGGCGGCCCCGUGCUGCGUGCCGCAGACCCUGGACCCGCUGACCAUCAUCUACCACGUAGGCCGCAAGCCCAAGGUGGAGCAACUGACCAACAUGGUAGUCCGCUCCUGCAAGUGCAGCUGAGUCCGGGCCCGCCCCCCCCC